GUUCUCCUGGAUUCAGGCCAUCUUGCUGAUCGGAGCUGGGGCGCUGCUCCACUAUGGCGAGAGGAAGUGGCACGAGAGAUUCAUCCUAUCGACGACGACGCCGAGCAGCGACCUCAGGUCGAUUGGGUAUUGCGUCGUCGCAACCCCAGACGGUGACAUCUAUGGUGAAUCACUUGCUGCACCAAACGUCCAGGGACUUGCACUCCUCGGAGAGGACCGGGCUGCGCCUCCUGGCCUCGCCAGGCGGAACAUCUACAGGUUCGAGGAUGGCAACAUUGGCCACGCUCCGGACGCAACGGAGAUUGCCCAUAUGCGUGGAGCUGCUCUGCAAGAACAGGCCGACCUGCAGAAGGAGAUCGAUGAUCAUGGCGUUGGUGUUGCCGCGCCACAUGUCGUCGCAUCCACUCCCGCCCCAACGGCGGCGACGGCGCCUAUCGGACCAGUGCUUGCGCCUGCUGCAGGUUUCGUUUGGGUUGUCGCUGCCACUGAGGGAGUCAGGGCUCGAGGGAGUCUCGUCCCCUUGAACCAGGUUGUUGGCGGGUAUCAGGCGGGUACGAAAGGAGUUGCCGGCCUGGCCGAUGGGUCUGUGAUCUUUGCGGAGUUGAUUCCUGCCCAUGAGCUCCAGGCCUACGCGACUGCUGUGACUACUCCUCCUACGGCGACUGUUGUUCCUCCUCCCGGUGGUGGCGCCAUCGGCGUUGGGAUGGCAGACGAUGCCCGCACCUUGGCUGUUCGCUACGGCACCGAUGGAAAACGCAGGCGGGAAGUUCGAGAUGGAGUUGAGUUGGCCAGUGAGUCUCCCUGGGGGGACUGGCCAAUCAAAGGCCCGCGUACGGCCAGGUGGGUUGGGCAGUACUUCGUCACCAACGGCGGUGGCCCGCUGACCAUGCACAACACCUGGAAGGUCAAUUGCAAGCUCCAGCCCUCGGACAACGGCGUCUUGGAGCACGAGGCCCUUUGCAAGAUGCUCGAGCUCGCCAUUGAGUACGACCAGUUGAACAUUGGUGAGCUUGCUAGCAUCGAACUUGCAUGCCGUCGGCUUCAGAUGAUCCAGUACCGCUGGCGGGAGAGGAUUCUUGGUUCGGUCUCGAGCGGCACAGUUGAUGAUGAAUCUCACUUCUUUUUGGGUGUUGAUCCGACCCGGGGCAAUCUGUGUAUUUGUCCCGCACUCAACAGCUGGUUGGGAGAAGAGUUGCACAAGGAAAGCCAGGCCAACAAGGAGCAGCGCAAAGCUCGCGAGGCCGCAUCUCUCGCUCGCCUUGAGCGCAUGUACAAGGCGGUUGGGCCUCCACCUCAGUCUCGUCCCGAAGAAGCCCUCGAGGCGCUUCUCGGUGGUAUGACCCUGUACUCUCAGGAUACCGAUUGCACCAUUGCCAGUUUCGACGAGACCUUGGUCUCUUGGCCGAGUCCUGGAAGCUGUCCCGUCAACGUGGCGGAGCGGUUGGACCCGGAAACUUCACACUUGUUGUCUCUGGCAGGCAUGCCGGCACUUCUCGCCGAAGAGGGCUCCGCUCCCGAAGAGGAGGUGGUCAAGCCUUACAUGGAUCCUGCACUUGCCAGUUCUCCUAACUCUUUGGGGAGAUUUUAUGGUAGGCUGCACCAGUCUCACAUGCUCACCUUUGUCAGUGGACGGCACGCGCACACCGUGGGCGUGUUCUUUGUGCACAAGAAGAGCGGGAAACUCAGGCUCAUCCUCGACACGCGGGCUGCUAAUCGAUGGCUCUUCCUGCUCAUCUUCGUCGUUUCUUCAGGCUGCAAGGGAGAGGACUACAUUACUCCAGAGUACGCGACUUUGCCCAUGGGUUGGUCUUGGUCGCUUUUCUUCUGCCAGCAUGUGCUCCAAUCAGCUGCCGCCCAGGCCGGCCUUCCUGAGACGGACUGCAUUGAGGACCGGUCCUGGAUUGGUCAAGUUUCUGAAGGCAGGGCUAUUCACGCUGAGUAUGUCGAUAAUUUCUUCGUCUGUGGUAUUGACCGUGAGUUCGUGCAACAAUCUUUUGACCGCUUGAGGGGCAUCCUGGAGUCGUGGGGUUUUGCCAUUCACGAGGUUACCGAAGCACAGCCCAUUGUUGAAGGCCUGGGGCUUAGAUUCGACGGAGCCGAGAGGCGGGUCACGUUGACUAGCCAGCGCGUCUGGAAGCUUCGCCUUUCCGCUAUUGCUCUUGGACGGUUGCGAGGCCCACCGCCUCCCAAGUGGAUCGAGAAGAUCGUUGGGCACUUCACUUUUGCCAUGAUGGUCCGAAGGGAGGCCUUGUCGGUCUUCAGCUCUGUCUACAAGUACAUCCGUGCAUCGCCCUGCGAACAAUGGCGCUACUCCGUCGAGGGUGCCAUCAAAGCGCGGGCCAAUGCCUUGGGACUAAAACCGGAGGAGCAUCUCCCUGCUGAUCUUCAGCAGGAGUGUGCUCGUGUCUGCAGCUCUGAGUUCAAGGAGAUCCCCGCCGGUGUACUCUCUUUUGAGGCCUGGCACACCGUCUUCAGCGGAGCUUGGGAUUAUCAUGAGAACAUCUUGCGGACCGAGGGCCGUGCGAUGAUCAGUGGCAUUCGUCACAAGUUACGGGCCGUGCGGAGCCAGCAGAGGCCUCGCCCAAUCAUGGAGGUCCGGGUUUUGCGUCCCCCAGCUGCGAAAGCUCAGCCUCGACCUUGCAAAAUUCGGCGGAUCGACCCUGCGGUGCCGGACGUGCCAGCCAUCCUGGCGGGAGCGACAUCUGCACUCGAGAUGGGGAAGCUUCGGCGUACUACGACACAGGACCGCUACUCCAAGGUCCUCCUGGCCUUUUACCAGUGGGUCCAGUUCUACCAGAGCCUGACCUCGGACUGGGACGCCCUCUUGACCGGCUACCUGAACGAGCUCUACGUGUUGAACCAAAACGUCAGCGCCGCGGAGUACGUUUUCGCCGCGUUCAAGUUCAAGCACCCCCAGUUCGGCAAACAUGGAUCUCUGACGUUGCCACGUGCCACUCAGGCCCUCGAAGGAUUCCGAAAUCUGGCUCCCCCGCAAAUGAGGCUGCCCACACCUUGGGUCGCCUUCAUCGCCGUCGUGGGCCUGCUUUUGGCGCACGGGGAAGUGCUGAUGGCAAUCGCCCUCCUCAUUCAGUGGGACCUCCUCUUGCGGCCCGGGGAAUUGAUAGGACUACAGCCGCAGCACAUGGUCCCGCCGAUGCCGACGGCCAACAUGCCGUCCUGGGGGGUGAUACUGGCCCCAUCCGAGGAGAGCAACACUCCAAGCAAAGCAAAUGUCUUCGACGAGAGCGUGACCCUCAGUCAGCAAGUGGAGUUCAUCCUGCCCGCUCUCGAGGCGCUAGUGGCCACACGAGCCAAGUUCGGCCCCUUGUUCCCUUUCACCGGGGUGCAGCUCGGACGCAAGUUCAAAGAAGCCGCAGACUACCUGAACCUUCACGAGCUCAACCUGACUCUGCAUGGAAACAGACAUGGCGGCGCAAGCGAUCUCCGUCUGAGGGGGACUCCGCUGAAGGAAAUCAAGAAGAGAGGGCGGUGGGCUGCAGACUCCAGUCUCCGCAGGUACGAGAAGGCGACGCUGGCCCAACAGCAGAUCCACAAAGUACCUUUGGCCACUCGCCUGUACGGUGCCUUCGUGGAGCAACAGUUGCCUCGCAGUGCUCGACUUCUUCAACUUGCAGUGACGUGCCCAGCCGGAUCGAGCCUGGAGCAGCU